CCAAAACAACUGAAGCCACACUUAACCAACAGUCGGGCUAGAACCAGGUAAUACAAACCCUGAACAGAAAACCCUUACAAAAUGCUGUCAAAUAAGCAGAUCUUUCGGUUUAUUGCCUGCUUUGCCGCCUUCAAUAUGGUGUGUGCCUAUCCCCAAGACCGCCUAACACCCACGCAACAGAUGCAAAGACUGAGUGCUGCCACAGAAGCGGAAGCACAACCAAUCAUCUCCAGCGAAGCCCUCGACAAUCUGUACAGAUAUGAGCGGACAUUAAGCCGUCUUAGAAGAGCACUGGAUGAGCUUGCCUACGAGGAGGCGGACGAUGACAUGGAGCUGGCGGAGAUUAAUGUGUUCCGCCCACUCUUCCGCUAUCGUUCGCAGGUGGCCAAGCAAGUCGGUAAUCCUCAGCAGCAGUUUGGAUAAACCUUGCAAGCUAGUUUAUAAGAUACAUUUAGCCUCAUUUCCCAAUAAUAUUUCGCAUUUUCAUUCCAUUUUUUUACACAUCGAGCAUGAGAAAUAAAAUAGUUAAGUAAUUUAUAUUGUUAAACAUUUAAA